GCCCGCCAGCCAGCGGUGGAGCGGGCGCGGGAGCGCGGGGCCGGAGGAGGUGGGGAAGAUGGACCCGGUGCCCUCGUUGGGCUGCAGCCUCAAGGAUGUGAAGUGGAGCCCAGUGUCUGUGCCGCUCGACCUGCUGGUCAGCACUUACCGGCUGCCCCAGAUCGCGCGACUGGACAGCGGAGAAUGCGUGGAAGGGCUGCGAGAGAAUGACUACCUACUGAUCCAUUCAUGUCGGCAGUGGACCACCAUCACUGCCCACAGCCUGGAGGAAGGUCACUAUGUCAUUGGGCCAAAGAUAGAGAUCCCCGUACAUUAUGCAGGACAAUUCAAGCUGCUGGAACAAGACCGGGAUAUAAAGGAGCCGGUGCAGUAUUUCAACAGUGUGGAGGAAGUGGCCAAGGCAUUUCCUGAACGUGUGUACGUCAUGGAGGAAAUUACAUUCAACGUGAAGGUUGCCUCGGGGGAAUGCAAUGAAGACACCGAGGUUUACAACAUCACCCUGUGUACCGGGGAUGAACUCACCCUGAUGGGGCAGGCAGAAAUCCUUUAUGCAAAGACCUUCAAGGAGAAGUCAAGACUCAACACAAUUUUCAAAAAGAUUGGGAAGCUCAACUCCAUCAGCAAGCUGGGAAAAGGCAAAAUGCCCUGCCUCAUUUGCAUGAACCACCGGACCAAUGAAAGUAUCAGCCUUCCGUUCCAAUGCAAGGGCAGGUUUAGCACCCGAAGUCCCCUGGAACUUCAGAUGCAGGAAGGAGAGCACACCAUCCGAAACAUCGUGGAGAAGACGAGGCUCCCCGUGAAUGUGACAGUGCCCAGCCCCCCACCCAGAAACCCUUAUGACCUCCACUUCAUCCGAGAGGGCCACCGCUACAAGUUUGUGAACAUUCAGACCAAGACGGUGGUGGUUUGCUGUGUUCUCCGGAACAACAAGAUCCUCCCCAUGCACUUCCCUUUGCACUUGACUGUCCCCAAGUUCAGCCUCCCGGAACACCUGGUGAAGGGGGAGGUGUGGCCGGAAACCCUAGUCCAUCACUGGCUUGGUAUCUGCCAAGAGCAGUUUGACAUUGAUGAGUAUUCACGGGCUGUUCGAGACGUGAAAACGGACUGGAAUGAAGACUGCAAAAGCCCCAAAAAGGGCCGUUGCUCUGGCCACAGCCAUUUACCCAAUUCCCUCAGCUAUGCCAGAGAUGAGCUCACCCAGUCCUUCCAUCGGCUCUCGGUCUGUGUGUAUGGCAACAAUCUUCAUGGCAACAGUGAGGUGAACCUCCAUGGCUGCAGGGACCUUGGGGGAGAGUGGGCCCCUUUUCCCCAUGACAUCCUUCCCUACCAAGACUCUGGUGACAGUGGGAGCGACUACCUUUUCCCAGAAGCUACCGAAGAGUCAUCGGGCAUCCCAGGGAAGUCAGAAGUUCCCUAUGAGGAGCUGUGGCUGGAGGAAGGCAAGCCCAGCCACCAGCCUCUCACUCGCUCGCUCAGUGAGAAGAGCAGGUGUGACCCCUUGAGAGGCUCCACGCAAUCCAAAUGUGCAACUUCCUCUCUUCCUGCCCCUGCCGCCCUGGGAGCCACCACGAAGUCUUCAGAAAUCACCCUACCUCCACCUCCAGUGCCUCCCAAAUCCGAAGCCGUCAGGGAAGAAUGCCGGCUCCUGAACGCUCCACCUGUUCCACCCCGAAGCUCAAAGCCUCUGUCCACAAGUCCCUCCAUCCCCCCUCGGACAGUCAAGCCCGUCCGGCCACAGACUCGCUCUCCCAGCCCCACCCUGUCCUAUUAUUCUUCAGGGCUGCAUAACAUCAUCACAAAAAGUGACACAAGUCCUCCUGACAGUGCUCCCGUUUCCUGCUACCCCUGCAACCGUGUGAAAAGUGACUCUAUGGACCCCAAGUCCCCAUUUGGAAGUCCCUCUGCCGAAGCUCUGGCCUCCCGACUCUCAUGGCCCAACCAUUACUCGGGAGCAUCGGAGAGCCAGACCAGGAGUGACUUUCUGCUCGACCCUAGCAGGAGUUACAGCUACCCCAGACAGAAGCCACCUGGCACACCAAAGAGAAACUGCCCGGCCCCUUUUGAUUUUGAUGGCUGUGAGCUCUUAGGCAGUCCGCCCAGCACAGCCUCUGCAGAAUUCAGCGGUGGCGGGGUCUCCACUUGCCCCAAGUCCGCCAGCUAUUCUCUGGACAACUCCGAGGACAGCUCCCUCGCAGCUGGCAUGACCAAGCAGAGCAUCUCUUGCCCUGCCUUACCCCCAAGAGCCCCGAAGCCAGCGGAACAGAAAACCGCCCCUGAAACAUCUCCUUUGCCUCUGAAAAUCGAUGGUGCUGAGGAGGACCCCACAGCAGGGUCGCUGGACCUCUCCGAGGACCAGUAUUUUGUGAGAAAGGGUGUACAGGACAUCUUCUCUGUCUCUUACCCUUUCUCAUCUCCACUCCACCUCCAGCUGGCCCCCAGAUCCUGUGGGGACGGUUCCCCAUGGCAGCCACCUGCCGACCUAUCGGGACUCUCUAUAGAGGAAGUGUCCAAGUCUUUACGGUUCAUUGGUUUGUCUGAAGACGUCAUAGCCUUCUUUGUCACUGAAAAAAUCGAUGGGAAUUUGCUUGUUCAGUUAACAGAUGAAAUCCUCUCGGAGGAUUUCAAGCUAAGCAAAUUGCAGGUGAAGAAAAUAAUGCAGUUUAUUAAUGGCUGGAGGCCCAAGAUAUAGCCAACAAGUCGUGGCCAGCAUGAGACAGAGCUGGGAAACGUGUGCUAGAAGGGGUGGGCUGGGACACAAAUCCAUGUUUUUGCACUAAAAAAGAAAAAGACAAAAAAAUAAAAACCCUUCUCUGUAAAUAGAGAUAGAGACCGUCUUACUAUGCAGAUUCCGUUUCUGAAUGGUGAACAGGCUAUUUUGUACAUCAAUAAAGACGCUGUACAGAACA